GGCCCGACUACAAUCUCAUAACCUCAGAUUUUGGCUUCCUCGCCUCGACUCUCACCUGGCUGAGCAAAAAUGAGUUCAGAUCUUCCGUACACGAUACGAUGUAUCGCGACUCUCGAAGGCCACCACGACCGCGCCUGGCAAGUAGCCUGGAACCCCGCGAAACCGCUCCUCGCGUCUUGUUCUGCGGACAAAUCGGUCAGAAUGUACGCCUACUCAACUAAACCCAGCGUCAGCGCCGGCUCCGACGAUCCGAGUGCAGUGGGCGCGGGGCGAGCAGACGCGAUCGCGCUCACGCACGUCUCGACGAUCCCGACGGGGCACACGAAGACUGUACGGAGCAUCGCGUGGGCGCCGUCGGGGCGCACGCUCGCGACGGGCUCGUUUGAUGCGAAUAUCGGGGUGUGGGAGCAGGAGGAGGGCGAUGGGGAUGGCGAGGAUGGUGAGAACGGUGGUGGGGGCGGGACGAGGGAGUGGGAGUGCGCGACGCUGCUGGAGGGGCACGAGACGGAGUGUAAGGGCGUGGCGUAUUCGGCGGGCGGGGAGCUGCUCGCGACGUGCAGCCGGGAUAAGACGGUGUGGAUCUGGGAAGUACACCCCGACUCCGACUUUGAAUGUAUGGGUGUUCUUAUGGAGCACACUCAAGAUGUUAAAUGCGUCGCGUGGCAUCCCUCUGAGCAGAUCCUCGCCUCGGCGUCGUAUGACGACACGAUAAAGCUGUACGCGGACGACCCGGAUGAGGACUGGGUGUGCGUCCAGACGCUCGCAGGGCACCAGAGCACAGUGUGGGCGCUCGCGUGGUCCCCGUGCGGCACCUACCUCGCAAGCGCGUCGGAUGACCUUACGAUCAAGGUGUGGAAGCGCGCGGGCGAGCAUCGGUGGGAGGGUAAUCUGGAGAUCAAGGGCGCGCAUACGAGGAGCAUAUACUCGAUCAGCUGGGGGAAGGGGAAGGGGGAUGGUGGGCUUGGGUGGCUGACGAGUACGGGGAGCGAUGGGAAGAUCAAUGUCUGGGAUAUUCAGGAGCCACCAGAGGGCUCGAAGGAGCUGGAGCAUAAGCUUAUCGCGUCGCUGUCCUCGUCGCACGAUAUCAACGAUGUGAACUCGGUGGCGUGGUGCGCGCGUGCUGGGUACGAAGACAUGUUCGCCACGGCGGGCGACGACGGGCUCGUGAAGGCGUGGGUGGUUGUCCCGGCUUAGAUGUAGAUUAGAUGUCGAGAUGACC